UAUUGAAGCUGCAUGGAGUCAAACGACAAGAUUACACAUAAUCAUAAUCAACAAUGAAAAUUAGAAAACAAUAUUUUAUGCUGUGAAAAUCUCAAAUUUCAUAUUUUCUUUCACCAAACAGGUGUCAUUGUGCACUUCACAUUUUUGUUCAUCCCAAACUUUUACUCGCAAAUCUUAACUAAAAAAUACUUUUAAUCUGUGACGUUCUCUUAAUGUGAGAGACCAAGGUUUAUACACAUAAUUUCACAUAUAAAGCCUGACGAAAACGUUUAAAUGCAGUAACUGAAUUUGCACUAAACUUGUACUUUUCUGAAUAUUCAAUAGUGUGGCUGAUGCAGAAAGCAAAGAUGUCUAGAAAAACAGAAGUAGUUCAUACUUAUCAUCAGAAAACAGGCACAAAAUCAUCAGUUGUUGCAAAUGUCAGUGUAAAGGAAAGUGAUAAUGCUGAGACAGAGACAAAAAUAUAUGAUCAUCAGUGUCGAACACUGUUUGUGCGAUUUCCGCGCAGAGUAAGAGAUAAAUUGGAAGUGAAAUUGUUACAUCCUGGUAUAGAGGAUGUGAGAUUUAAACCUCGCAUUAAAAGAUGGUGCCAUAUCAGAUUCAGUAGUGAAGAAGCUGCUAAAUGUGCUCUGAAUGAUCUGAACAGGAAGAGAGUAAGAGGUGGUCAACUUAUUGUUAUGGAAACAAAGAAAUUCAAGAUAAACAGUCGUGAAGAGAAGAGUAAGAAGCAGCAACAUUUGUACAAACUAUAUGUGAAGAAUCUACCAGAAGAUGUGACAGAGAGUGAAAUUACUUCAGCAUUUCCAGGCUGUGCAAAUGUACGCAUGUUCACGCCAAAGAAAAGAGGAUCAUUAAGAGCCCGCAUUGGAUUCAAAACAUUGGAUGAGAUGGAAGCCAUUAUUUCUAGCACCAAUGUUCAUAAAGUUCGAGACAGGAGUGUUUCUGUAUUCUAUUCUAAAUCUUAUUUACAUGCACAUGAUUUGUUAAAACAAGAACAGAAAACAAAUAAUCUUAUCAGAAUCUCUAAGGAUGUUUCUCCAAAGUCUAUUUUAACAUCAAAUUCCCUUACAAAAAUUAAAGUUUCUUCUGCAAGAAAACAGAAGACUAUUGUAACAUCUAAACGUCUUGGUGAGAUGAUAGAAACCACUCUUUCACAGUUGAAGACAGAAGAUAAUGGUGAUGACAUUGAGGAAGAUGACAGAUGUAAACAGGGUAUAGAAAUGGACACACAGGAUAAUACUGAAUUUAAUGAUGACAUUAGUGAUAAUAGUGAUGAUUUUUCACAACAUAAAGAAAUUGAAUUAGAUGAUAAUUUUUCACAAUACAAAGCAAUUAAAUUAGAAGGUGAGGUGAUUGAUGGUAGUGGUGAUAGUGAUGACUUUUCAAAAUACAAAGCAAUUCAAUUAGAAGAUGAAGUUAUUAGUAAUAAUAAGGAUGGUGGUGAUGAUGACAAUGGUGAUUUUUCACAUUACAAAGCAAUUGAAUUGGAAGAUGAGGUUACUAGAAGCAGUGAUGAUGAUUUUUCAAAAUACAAGGCAAUUGAACUUGAAGAUGAAGGUACUGAAACUAGUUAUGAUGAUGGUGAUGAUGGUGGUAGGAAUUGUGUUGAUGAUUGAAAUUGUGGUGUCGGCCAUAAUGACAGUGCUGAUGAUGUUGGAGGUGAUGAUAACAAUAGCAUUGUUGAUAGUGAUGGUAACAACAGUGUUCAUGAUAAUAAGAAGAUUGUUGCUGAAAAUUUAGAUGACGACAGUCAUAAAAACAUUGAUGAUAUGUCACAGCAGUAGUUCAUGAAAAGAAUCCUGAAUGAAUAAGUACAAAAUUUUGUUUAGUGAAUCUGAGAGGGGACUACAGUUUUCCAAUGAAUAAAGAAUUCUAUCAGAAUAUUAAUACAUAUAUAUUAUGACAUAAGUUGACAAACAUUACUUCAAAAAAAUAAAAUAAAUCAGCUAAUUAAACCACAAAAUAUAACCUCGCUUGAUCUUAUAUGUGGGCACUAUGGAUCACUUCAGGUCUUUUGCAGUCCAUUUUGUUUGAACUGAAUCCCCAUUGUCAUCCUGUCUUAAAGGCUUGCAAAUAUUCCAUCCAUGAUGCUUGUGUUUUUCAUUUAUUUCUUUCAAAACAUAGUUCUUGAUUUUAUUUUUCAUAGUAUUUUGUGUUACAUACCAACACUUUAUAUGAAGAAUGUUUUUAAGGAAAACAGCAUUUUGGUAUGAGCUUCUUAUAAAGUAACAGUGAAUCAACAUAGGCCAAAAUUAAAUUCAUCCAACAACUUAUGGUGUGUACACCUAAUAACAAGACAUUUUAUCAAAACAUGUUUGGUAUUUUCGGAACUGUAACCUGCAGACAGACACAUAACCCAUAUUUUCCCCUCGUAUUUUGCAUUUUUGAAAAGAAUGUUUAAAGGCAAAAAUGUAUCACAAAGUAAAAGUAAAGCUGUCCCAUUAUACACCAUGUAGGUGCUUGCUGGGGAGAGGA